AUGUCCGAAACAUGCUUGGCGUCACAUCUAGCAGAUCUAGUCAACGGUCAGCCUCCUGGAAGCGUUGGGAAAGUCCUUCCAAAUUUGGAAACAAAGAUAGUAGAUCCGGACACCGGUGACAUGAAGGGGCGUGGUGAAGUAGGAGAGAUCUGCGUUCGUGGUCCAACUGUCAUGCUUGGAUACCAUCGCAAACCAGAAAUGACACAGCACUGCAUCAGAGAUGGUUGGAUGCAUACGGGUGACCUUGGCUAUGUAGAUGACAAAGGGUACCUCUUCAUUGUAGAUCGACUGAAAGACCUUAUCAAAGUCAAGGGAUUUCAGGUUCCACCCGCUGAAUUGGAGCAUAUUUUGUCCAAACAUCCAGCGAUAAGUGAAGCAGUUGUGGUUGGUGUUCCACAUGAGAGGAAGGGUGAGGUACCAAAGGCUUACGUAGUUCGGCAAUCAGCUAACCUUUCCGAAGACGAAGUAAAAGCUUAUGUUGCCGAAAGAGUGUCUCCGCACAAGUACUUGGUCGGCGGUGUGGAAUUCGUCGAGAAAAUUCCGAAGAACACUUUGGGGAAACCUAUGAGAAGCGUUUUACGUGACCGAAACAAAAACCUUCAGAGCCAAUUGUCACGGAAUGACCGUCGUUAUAAAAAUUCUUUUGGAUAA